AACAUUAUUGUACAAAGGACGAUAUUACAAGGAUCACAACACACAGCGCUUGAAUUUUAGCUCAUGUUUGUGAGAAAACAUGUAGGAAAAUGUAAACAGGGUUUGAUUCUCAAUACGUCGCGUCGCAUAACGUAUCCUCUUGUCACGUAACGUUUUGACAUUUCGCUGAGUCUUCGUGUCCUAUGUGUAAACUUUAUUUACGAGUGAAUCUGUCGAAAUAUAACAUUUAAAAGAAUAUAUGAAAACUACCAGAAGAAAGUGAGAGCAACAACGUCAAGGGAAUGGUGCAAUAGCUCAGUUGCAAUAAAAGAAAUCGGUGCUGCUGAAGAGUAACAUCUAAGCAUUGCUAUAUUAAGGACGAAACGUGAAUUUGUAUAAUAAAAUAACGUUUCACUACUAUAAAAAUUACACCGUUUGUUGUCAUCAAGUAAAAAUGUCUCAUUCUGACGACGUUUUGGAUAAUUGGGAAGAGCUUGAUGAGGCAUGUCUUAGUAGUUCCUUGCAAAAAUUUGGCAAUGAAACAAAACGUUACUGCAAUUCCAGUGCACGAUCUGGUUUAUCAUUCGAUCAUUUUAAUAACGUUUCUAAUCCAAUAAACGGUAUUAAUAGUAACUUUAAUGCAGUAAAUAUGAGAGAAUGUACAAUGCAAAAUAAUGUUAAAAGCGUUGCUGUUAACACUGAUAGUACAAAGUCACCACUUAAUAAUAUGGCUGCCACUUUAAACCCGGUUUUAAUGGUGCUUCAUAAAACUGACGAUGAAUAUCAAUCCGUUAAUUACGUGCCUCCCAUUAACUCGCAAACUGUAAAAAUUCUUCGGCGUCCUGCUCAAUCUUUAGAGCCACGUAACAAUACUGCUCGACCCAAACAACCUAUUAAGAGUUUGCAGCAACGUGAGCAAGAGUAUGCCGAGGCCAGAUUGCGGAUUUUAGGUUCAGCUAAGAAUCCAGAUGAUGACCAAGGUGCAUCAAAGACUUUUGGCUCUCAUGUACCAACCACUGGCACACCAACCGUUAAAGUUAAUGCUUCCUUGAAACAAACAAACGGUCAUAACGGUUACAACAAUCAUUUUUAUAAUUCGUCUCCUCAUCAUCACAAUAAUCAUAACCAACAAUAUUUUCCACAAAAACCACCUGCUUACAACAAUCGCCCAGGGCCAAUGCAACAUCCUAAUGCAUCCGCAAAACAGUGGCCACAACCUGCAACGUCUGAUAGUGUUUCUUCGCUAAACUUUCGUAACAAUUAUCAAAACGAUGUUGUUGUUCGUUUGCCGCGAGGUCCUGAUGGCUCCUCCGGUUUUCAGAUGCGUCGGUAACGUGUUCUGUUUUUAACAAUUGUUUUAAAAUUUAUUUUAAUUAUUUUCCAUACCCUAACAAUAUUGAGGUAAUUGCAAUUUAAUCACACAAAUUUAAGUUUCUAACAAAAUUCCUUGUAUAUAAUUCAUUCAACGAUUUAUAUAGAACUCAGUUAACUAUAUUGUUACCACUAUCGGAUACUCUGUAGUACAGCAAUAACAUAUAUAUAACAUAUAUGUAUAUGUAUAUUAUUCGAAAAUACGUGAUUCAUAAAAUAAUCAAUUUUAUACUAAGCAACUAAGCAAAUAAGCAAAAACGCAUUAACAUUUUACAAUGAUGAUUUUUUUAAUUGUGGUUAACACAACA